AUGAUUGACCAAGAUUUGAUGGAUAUGUUCAUUGAUAGUUUCCAUGCAUUUUCAUUAGUUGAAGAAAGAGCGUUUAAAAAGUUGAUGCGGUGGAUACCAGGAUAUGUUCUUCCAUCUAGAAAGACUGUUUCAGGAUCCAUGCUCGAGGAGCAAUACAACAAGGCAGUUGAAAAUACAAGAGCAGAAGUUUUAGCUGAAGCACAAACUAUUUGCAUAACGUUAGAUGUUUGGACUUCUAGGGUUACUGAAGCAUAUGUGGCAGUUACAGGCCAUUAUAUUACAGACAAUUAUAACUUAAAAACUGUUCUUCUCGGAUGCUGUCAAUUUGAAGGAGCGCAUACAUCAGAAAAUCUAGCAAUAGAAAUUCAAACAAUCCUUGACAAUUGGAAAUUGCUUCAGAAGGUAAAUUUUGCCAUUAGUGAUAAUGCCAAUAACAUGAAAAAAGCCAUUAAAGACAUUUUAAAAAUAAAACAUUAUGGAUGUUUUGCGCACACUAUUAAUUUAAUAGUAAAUGAUGGCCUCAAGUUGAUUAAGAGUGAGAUCGAUAUAAUAAAGAAAAUUGUUGGCCACUUCCGGAGGAGUGUCACUGCAUGUGAAAAACUGCAGAAAUACCAAAUGCAGCAAUAUGGACACACAAAAAAUUGA